AUUUUGCAGACCUUCACCAUGCCCAAUAACGUUCCUCUCAUGGCCGCGCUGUUCGGAAGUGGCGUCUUUGCUUUUGUGGGCCAAGUCUUCCUGACCAUGGGCUUCCAGCAGUCCAAGGCUGGCAUCGCGUCCGUAAUGCGAUACCUGGACGUCGUCUUCGUGCUCAUUUGGGACAUCGUUCUACUCGAUGAGCACGUCAGCAUGUACAGCGUAAUCGGAGCCGCCAUUAUCAUCGCAAGCGCUUCAUUCAUCGUUCUGCCCAAAAAGUCUGGAAGCAAGACCAAACCCAAAACGGUCGAGUGGUAA